AUGAUGGAUGUUUUGAACGUUCUGUCACAAUCUGAAAAGCCACUGCAGAAUGAUGUUGUGUUUCUAUUCAACGGUGCCGAGGAGAAUUUUCUGCAAGGCGCUCACGGGUUCAUAGAAGGUCAUCCUUGGCGGCACACCAUCCGCGCCUUCAUCAAUCUUGAAGGUACUGGAUCAGGUGGACGAGAAAUCUUGUUCCAGGCUGGUCCUGGAAAUUCCUGGCUUCUGCAGACCUACCUCGAAGCAGCUCCACACCCACAUUGCAGUGUAUUAGCACAGGAGAUUUUCCAGUCAGGAAUAAUUCCAUCUGAUACUGACUUCCGAAUUUUUCGAGAUCAUGGGCGUAUAUCAGGGCUGGAUAUUGCUUAUACGAAGAACGGUUGGGUCUACCAUACAGAGUUUGACGAAGAGUGGAGGAUUGAAGCCGGUGCAGUUCAAAGGUACUGUCAUCCCUCUGAUCACCGCUACUGCAUAUGCGCAUCAGGGGAUCAUUGA